AUGGAAUCCUUAAGAGACUGUAAGUUACCCAUUGAUCGUAUUCACUCCAUCCUUGAAGGGGGUGAUGCCAAUGCCCGUCAUGUAUUGAAUAUUUAUCAAGAUUUGGAACGUGAUGGCAUUCUCAGUUCAAGAUUCGAUGAAUAUGAUAUGAGUACCGAAGAAACUAGGGAACUUACUGCUGUAAGAAUCGACAGAUUGACUCAAUACUUGGAAACUGAAUCUUUUGAAGAUUUCUUUAAGAGAUUGAACAUCGUCACUGUGUAUGAUAUGAGUUUAGGGAUCAGAAUCAGUAUUAAUUUGGGGUUAUUCCUUAAUUGUAUCAAAGGAAAUGGUACUGAUGAACAAGUUCAAUAUUGGAGUUAUACCAGAGAAGCUGAAUCUAUUAAACAAGUUUAUGGAUGUUUCGCCAUGACAGAAUUGGGCCAUGGAUCUAACGUUGCUGGUUGUGAAACCACAGCAACCUUUGAUAAAGAAACUGAUCAAUUCAUCAUUAAUACUCCUCAUAUUGGUGCUACUAAAUGGUGGAUAGGUGGUGCGGCUCAUUCAGCUACUCAUUCAGUUUGUUACGCAAGAUUAUUGGUGGAAGGUAAGGAUUAUGGUGUAAAGAUCUUUGUAGUUCCCUUGAGAGACUCCAAGCACGACCUCUUACCCGGAAUCAGUAUCGGAGAUAUUGGAUCGAAAAUGGGGAGACAUGGUGUGGAUAAUGGCUGGAUCCAGUACACCAAUGUAAAGAUUCCUCGUCAUUUCAUGCUUCAGAAAUGGUGUAAGGUCGAUAGACAAGGUAAUGUGAAGUUACCACCAUUAGAACAAUUGAGUUACAUUUCUUUGUUAGGAGGAAGAGUUUAUAUGGCUAUUGAUAGUUAUAGGAUCUGUGCCCGAUUUGUCACUAUUGCUUUACGUUAUGCAUCGGUAAGAAGGCAAUUCGGUAACACUAUCUUAGACUAUCCUUUACAUCAGAAGAGAUUAUUACCAUGGUUAGCUAUAACUUAUGCCAUGGCCAUUGGGACUCAAAAAUUAGACCAACAGUUAAAAGGGAUUUAUCAAGGUGAAGAUGUGAUUAAACGGGCCAAAGCAUUGUUUAUUGAUUCUGCUUCUUUAAAAUCUACUUGUACUUGGUUAGCUGCUGAUUGUAUUGAUCAAUGUAGACAAGCUUGUGGAGGUCAUGGAUAUUCCGCUUAUAAUGGAUUCGGUAGAGCUUAUGAUGAUUGGGUUGUCCAAUGUACUUGGGAGGGUGAUAAUACGGUAUUAUCAUUAAGUGUGGCCAAAAGUAUGAAAGAUAGGAAACCAAUCGAUUAUAAACUUGAAUUAUUUUCUGUUGAUGGAGUUUUGAAAGCCGUCGAAAGUCUUCUCUCCAAAAUUGAUUCUCCAGUGCAAAUAUCUAAACUUAAAUGUCAUUAUUAUCUUCUUUCAAGUUUCAAAGAGAAGUUGAUCCCAGAAUUAGAACCUUUGAUCAAUGUCUAUGGUUACUUCAUUCUUGAAACCUUCCCUUUCAUUGAAUAUGAAAUCGUUGAACCCAAACUUCAAAGAUCUUUCAAUAAAGAGUACACCAAGGAGUUAACAAAGGUUAGACCAUUAGCUAUUGAUUAUACUGAUUGUUUCAAACAAACAGAUAAUCUUUUGAAUUCAGCUAUUGGUCAAUAUAAUUUGAAAGUAUACGAGAAUUACUUCAGAGUAGUUAAGACCCAAAAUCCCCCACAUAAAACGUCUCCUGAUUAUCUCCCUAAAUUUUUGGGGAUGUUAAACAGAUAA